GUUUUCUGUUCGUGUAACGGAAUAUUAGAAGCUUACUCAAUAACGGAAGACUCGUUUUUAAGCAUGACAAGUUGUCCAGCCGGUAUUCAUGUCGUUCACUUGGUCGUUUUCGACAAUGAAUUGUAUGCAUGCGGAAUUACUUCUAGAAACGACCCCAAGAGCACGUUGUUUCUUUUGAGAGGAAAUCUUUGGACUCAAAUUAUUGAAAUCACGGGAAAUCGGUUAUUUCUUCUCUCUUAUGAGAAUUCAAUUUUAGUCUUGAAUAUUGAAAGAAAAAUGAUUUCAUCAUUGAAACCUAAGGAAAUGUAUA